UUUCUCUUGCAGGAUGAAUUCUUAGACGUUAUCUACUGGGCGAGACAGAUUUUUGGCAUUCUUUUAGUCAUAGUAUGGGGCAUUGUGCCAUUAAAAGGCUUCCUGGGAUUAGUACUAUUCGCUGGUAUCAGUUGUGGCAUUGUGUACAUUUAUUCCAUAAAUUUCCAAGGUAUUGAUGAGGAGGCUUACGGAGGCGCUUGGGAGCUGGUUAAAGAGGGUUUUAUGACGUCAUUUGCGGGUUUUCUUGUGACGUGGAUAAUUGCAGAUUUGUUUUAAACCAAAACACCACAGACUUAAGCACAUCAACAAAAUAUCUAUCGAAAAUAUCUAUUAAAAUUUUAUCCCAUUAUGAAUGCAAUAUGUUAAAAGCCAGUGGUCCACGGGCGAAAUAGUUCAGCAAAUGUGAAAAAGUGACCGAUUUGUCCCCAACUAUCUAAGCAGUUCCUUACAGUUAAAUGUAUAGCUUUCGACCAUCAUAAUUUUAGAACUAUUAGUUAAUACAAUUAGAAAAUUUACGACAAACGUAAUUAAUUAUACACUGAGAUUCGUUCCUCACACGUUUCUGCAUUUCUCAGCAUUUUGUAUUUAGAUGUGCUGCAUAAAUGUAUCACUGUACGUGUUUAAAUUUUUCUAUGAAAAAAUAAACGUUUAAAUGCCGUUAGUUCUUAAAACUUGUUUUUGUCUUUAAUUCAUUUUUUAUUACAAAUCUUCAUAAAAUUGUAAAGAAAAAUUCAAUUUAAAUCAACUAUAAGCAAGGCUUAACUUAAUAAUCCAUAGUUUAAACACUACUACCACCGCCUAUCGCAUUACCAUUUAGCGUCGCUCCGUUUUUAGUCAAUUCUAGUUCAAAAUUUUAACACUUUCCUCCUAC